AUGAGCACGCCAGCAAGAAGAAGGUUGAUGAGGGAUUUCAAACGGAUGAAAGAGGAUGCGCCUCCAGGCGUAUCAGCAUCACCACUUCCCGAUAAUGUGAUGGUAUGGAAUGCAAUGAUUAUAGGACCUGCAGAUACGCCGUAUGAAGAUGGUACGUUUCGAUUACUUCUUGAAUUUGAUGAGGAGUACCCUAACAAGCCACCGCAUGUUAAAUUUCUAAGUGAGAUGUUCCAUCCGAAUGUUUAUGCGAAUGGUGAAAUAUGUUUAGAUAUUUUGCAAAACAGAUGGACACCUACGUACGAUGUUGCCUCGAUAUUAACUUCAAUUCAGUCAUUGUUCAAUGACCCUAAUCCUGCGUCGCCUGCGAAUGUGGAGGCGGCAACGUUGUUCAAAGAUCACAAAUCGCAGUAUGUAAAAAGAGUCAAAGAGACGGUGGAGAAGUCCUGGGAGGAUGAUUUGGAAGAUAUGGAUGACGAUGACGACGAUGAGGACGAGAUUGAAGAUUCUGAAUGA